AUGUCAUCUACUACCGCUCAAGAUGUCGCUGAGGCUUAUAAAGAGCAAGUGUUCCAGAGAUUCGGGGCGUCUUCCAUGAUACGACACGAUCAGGAUCCACGGUUCAUGAGUGCAGUGUUCACAAGGUUCCGAGAACUCUUAGGUAGCCGACAACGUGCUACACCCGGAUACCGUCCACGGGAAAAUGGACAGCAGGAGAGAUCUGUACAAACGGUUAUUCGGAGUGUUCGAGCAUACGUCGCCGAGAUGGAUCAACCCGACUGGGAUGACCACGCUGAGCGACUGAUGUUCGCCAUGAAUGUCUCGUUCGACGCGACUAGACUGAACACUUCUUUCUAUUUGGUUCAUGGUUGGGAUGCCCGAAGUACGGUUUCGGCAAUGUUGGGACCAAAACCUUUGAGCCGUGAAUAUAGCUACGCACUUGCUUGCGCUGAGGAUCUCCAGAAAAAGGCUAAGAAGAUGCGUUCGGACGAACAAACCCGAUAG